CCUUUAAAAAAAUUCCCACAAUGCAUUGCUUGUUGCCAACGACCGAGACGUGAAACACGGGGAAUUUCGACAUUGUGUUGAAAAAACGUGCGUUUUGACAGGUAUUUUUUCAAAUAAGUUGACAGGAUGGAAGAGUAUCAGACACCUGAAGAGACUUCGUUUGUGGUGGAUGAAGUCAGCAACAUCAUCAAGGAAGCAGUGGAAGGAACAAUAGGCGGCAACGCCUACCAACACAACAAGAUCAACCAAUGGACGUCCAAUGUAGUGGAACAGUGUCUGAACCAGCUGACCAAGUUGGGCAAACCCUUCAAAUACAUUGUGACUUGCGUCAUCAUGCAGAAGAACGGUGCCGGUCUGCACACGGCAAGCUCCUGCUACUGGGACAACAUGACUGACGGGAGCUGCACCGUCAGAUGGGAGAAUAAAACCAUGUAUUGUAUCGUCAGCGUCUUCGGUCUCAGCAUCUGAUCGCAUUCCUCCUCAGAAACCUUGUAAAUAGUAGUGCGGGUUUGGAGUUUAGGGUCAGGGGUCAUGCAUGGGGUCGGCGACUAAGUACUAAGUACUUCCCCUAUCUAUUAUAAUGCAUGCUUGUAGUAUGAAUUUAAUGUUUUAAAUGGAGGGUUUUUUAUGGUUGUUCGCACUCCGCUGUGGGAUUUACUGCUAUAGAAGUUACAUGGUCAGGAGGUUCAUGGGGUAAUGAACUCAUACCAUCAUGUCUCCAAAUGUCAUGGGAGUCAUAUUGUGUAAAGUACUAAGUAUUUAAGAUUCCCAAAACUACUGGCACAGAGUUUCAGUGUUGAGGGUUAAAAGAAGUAUGAACUUAAUGCUUGAAGGACUUCCAGUUAGCCCGAAAUUCUCUCAGUGUUUGUGGCUUUGCUCACAUUUAUGCAAAUCUGCAUUGAUAAUAAACACUUUUUUGCUGAAACGAUUUACAUCUAUCGUCCCAGAGUUAAACCAAAAUAUUCACAAUCUUUGAUCAGUUCCCUUUUCAACUUUUUAGUCAUAAGUUUUUGUUAUAUUGCAAUACUGCCCCCGUUGAAGUUUCCGUCCUCUGCAAUAAGGUUUCUUGUAGAACUAAAGUUCCAACAUGAAAGUUUCCAUUUAUUUUCAACACACUCAUUUUUCUGGCUGUUAAAACUUUGUCAUUUUGUCAUUCCAUGGUGUUAGCCAUGUGCGAAAUAGGUUUUGUACAUUUUUGUUAAUUUGCACUGGGUGAUAAAUUCUGUACAGUAUUUGAAUUCUGAACUGUGUUAUGAAAAAAAAGUCAUGUAUUUAUGUUCAUGAGUUAAAUAAUUUCGUAAUGCGAAAAGAGAUGCAUCGGCGAAAUCAUAGAGGCAGAAAUAGCUUUUAAAUGUACAUUUCUGAUGGUGGUUUUAUCUUACAGCAGAAUAGAAAUCCUACCUAUUGUGGAUGGUUCCAGUAAGCACAUAAAGUGAUUCACAGGCAUGUUCAUUUGUCAUGUUCACAUUGACUUUGAAACAUGGUCACUAACAACCUCUAUAACCUGGCAAGUUUCCCUCUAGCAAAGUGUAGUUUAUUGCACUAAGGAAUUGUAUCUGACCUUGUUUUCUGUAGAUCUUUUAAAUUUGAGUUGAUUUUGUUUGCUCAUUUUAUUUAUAUUCAUUUGAAUAAGAAAAAUUAAACCAAAAGUGAAAAUCUGUACUUCGGGAUGUCUUAAGAU